AUGGAUAACGGCGAUGACGAGAGUCCGGUGGUUCUGAUAACGGGGUGCUCGCAAGGAGGAAUCGGUCACGCGCUGGCACGUGAGUUCUCCGAGAAAGGAUGUCGAGUUGUGGCGACUAGCCGUUCACGGAGCACGAUGACGGAUCUGGAGCAGGAUCCGAGGCUGUUCGUGCAGGAGCUCGAUGUUCAAUCUGAUCAGAGUGUGAGCAGAGUCAUGUCGAGUGUUAUUGAUAAGUUCGGACAAAUCGAUGUUCUUGUCAACAACGCAGGUGUUCAAUGCGUCGGACCUUUGGCGGAGAUUCCAAUCUCCGCCGUGGAGAAUACAUUCAACACUAAUGUUUUUGGUUCCAUGAGGAUGACACAAGCAGUUGUACCUCACAUGGUGUCUAAGAAAAAGGGUAAGAUUGUUAAUGUUGGAAGUAUCACUGUUAUGGCACCAGGUCCAUGGGCAGGUGUCUAUACAGCAACCAAAGCAGCUAUUCAUGCUCUUACUGAUACCCUCAGGUUGGAGCUAGGACCAUUUGGCAUUGAUGUAAUUAAUGUAGUCCCAGGAGGAAUACGAACGAACAUAGCAAACUCAGCUGUAGCAACUUUCAACAAAAUGCCUGAGCUGAAACUAUUCAAGCCUUACGAAGAAGCUAUUAGAGAGAGGGCCUUUAUAUCACAGAGGAUGAAGCCAACUCCUGCUGAAACAUUCGCUAAAGACACUGUAGCUGUUGUGCUGAAGAAGAACCCACCUGCUUGGUUCUCUUCAGGGAGAUACUCAACUCUCAUGGCAAUCAUGUACCAUAUGCCUCUUUGGUUCAAAGAUUUUCUCCAGAAGAAGGUUUUAAUGAAAAAGGACUAA